AUGGCAAAUACACAGUUUAAAAUUAAUUCGUUGCAGGAAUUAAAUUCUCGACUCAUUACCACGAUUGCUGAGCUUAGAAAGGAGAAUGCUGACGUCAAGGCCGAGAAUACAAAAUUAAAACAAGAUAAAGAAGAAAUCGAGGCCAGGUUUGUAAAACUAGAGCAAAGCGACAAAGAAAAUGUUGAUCUUAGAGCUGAAGUAGCAAAAUUAAGGCAUGACAUCGAGGAAAUCAAACUACAAAUCCGAGUUAAUACUAACGAAUGGGAUAUGCCUUCUUUUGCAGAGCAAAGCCACUUACGUGGCACAGAAGAUAUUUCACACUCAUCAACCAGUUCACCAUUACCAGUAACCUCCCCGUCGCCUAUUCAGAAUAGCACCAAACCGAUAGCAAAUACAACUGCUUCAAAGACUCGUUGCAAAUCAUCCUCAGCUAUUCAAGACCUAUCAUACGGUAGUACAGAAACCAUUCUCUCAAAAAACGAUCAAGAUGGAAAUUUAUGUGAUAUGAAAACCGUUCCCUCGGGGAACGAUCGAGAUGUAAAUUUAUCACGUGGUACAAAGACUAUUCGUUCGGAAAACGAUCAAACUGAAAUAUCUGAUUUAGAGCAAGAUGUCGAGUGUGAUAAAAAUGAAAUCGUAGAGCAGGGUUUAAUAGAAGAAUUGCAUUUAUCUACUGAUAAGCAAUGCCUCAUUGAUUCUGCUAUUGAUUCUGCUAUAGAUAAUACCAACUCUACAGAAAAUAAAGGUCCAGCUCAACAUCUAUCUUAUUUAUUUAAAACGGCAAUCAAAUCUCGACAACAGGAACUUUUAAACUGGUAUUAUUAUUCCCUUGAAUUCGAAAACAGGGUUCAUGUUAUUACAACUGAUGGUAAGAUCAAAGACAAAACAGCAAGAACAAUGAUUUAUAAAGAAAUGAAACCGUUUCUUCCUAAUAUCACUCAAGAUAACUUGCGUAAAAAAACUCUUAGAGCUAGAAAACUUCUUAUGCUAUUCGGAGAAAAUGGAGUAGAUCAAGUGAAAUCAAAAACCGUUCCCCCGGGGAACGAUCAAGCUUUACCAGAAACCAAGGUAAGUAUUACAACCACUCCCUCUAAUUCGAUAAGUGAAGUUAAAUCUUUACUGGAGGUUGAGAUAUGUGAAGAGAUUGAUCAAGAUUCCGAUCCAUCAAAAGUCAAGAUACAGUCGAAGACUCGAUCCUUUGGAUCAUCGUUCAAUCUGCGCAUAUUAAGAAUUAUCGGCGGAGCUGGCACGGCCAAAAAAUUACCAAAAAAUAGUGGUCUUAAAACCCUUGCAUAUAACAUUCUAAAAGAAACGGGAGACAUCGUCCAAGAUACAGAAAAUCUCGAACCACUUCAAUGCUCAAUAUGCAAAGAAAAAAUUUUAACACUCACAUACGAAUCGUUUACUAUUCUCAGUGGUUGUGGCCACAUUUUUCACAGAAUGUGUAUCGAGAAAAAAAUUCUGUACACAACACCAAGCAUAUGCCCUUUUACCGGUUGCAGUAGAAGCGUCGAGAAUAUUGAUGAAACUCAAAGACGGGUCUCUGUAUCUUCUGAAAUAAGUGGUACUUCGAAUCUGGCUGAUGAAUUUACCCGUAAUGUUGGAUUUAGUUCUUCUCAAAAAACUUCGUCUCAAGAUCAAGAUGUGGAUAUGGAUGGAAAUGAAGGAACAGGACAUCGAGUUGAAAUUCUAUCCAACCUACCGCAAAAGCGUGUUAACGAAGCUACCCCUACGGCAAGUUCCUCUAAUAAAAAGAUCAAGAAGCCGGUUAAUAGAGAAGAAUCGGCAAAACUGAAGAAACUUAUUGAUGAAUUAUUAUCCAGCGAUUCUUCACAAACUAACGAAGCUAUAGAAGAGAGUGCCUCUAGUCAUGCUAUGACUGCUUCCACCAAAGGAAAUGCUAACGAUUUUUUAUAUUUUUUUAGAAAGAUCGAUCAAUCCGAAUCUAAAUAUCAAGUUACUAAUAGAGAAGUCAUUAGUAGUCAUUUCGACUUUGGAGGAAUUUUAUAUAACCGAUAUAAGGAUUUAAAAAAAGAUAAUGGCAAGGAAGGAGCGAAUGCUCUACUUUUUGAUGAGGUUAGGAAACAAAUACCUAUUGAAGUGACUGAUGGCGCCUUAAGGAAGAGAACGGAGAGAGCCCGAAAAAUCUAUAGGCUUUUCACUGCUAUUAUUAAAGGGGAUGAGAAGUUAGCGAAACAAAAAAUAGCGUUAAUCAGAUCAUUUUCGGCAUAUUCCAUUUCAAGCUUAAGUAGAGAUGAUAUUAAUUUUGUAAUUGUCAAAUGUUUGAAGACAACGAAGUGA